CAGAGGUUUGGAAUUUGCAUCUGAUUGCUGUUUGUCAACCAAUGGUUUGACUCCCCGACCGCAGGCACCGCCUCAGAGUAGACGCACAUAUGAUGUUACAGCCAAAUUAACCUCUAUAUCGAAAUCAAAUGAGGAAGAGAGAGGUGCUUCAGUGAGAGCACCAGCCAUACUGUUUCUAUUGGCUCUCGGAGGUCCGCCACAGUGAUUCAAGCGUCGCCAGCUGGCUGUUUUUACAGGCAAAUCAGGAAUGUUCCUUCCGCUUCCCAAGAAAAAGACGAAACGGAAGUUAAACUGGUAGGCCCCUGUGUGUGGGGGUCAUCAUCCCCUUAGCUGUCUGCUGGUGACCGUUGAGUAGAAGACCAACACUUCCUGUUUCCUGAAGCCCUGCCUUCUGGAUCCGGUUUAUAGAAAGUGGUCUGGACUGUUUUCGGCUGCUGGGGGAAGUGAAGGGGCCUGAAUCCUAGCGUGUCCUGUUUCCCAGGCAAUGAAGCUGCAGGCGGUGAUGGAGAACCUGCACAGACAGCAGAGAGCCAAACUGCUGAUGGAGCAGGCGGGGCAAUCGCAUAGCCCCGCCCCCGUAGGGGAGGAGCUGAAAGCAAUCACUGUCUCCGAAACCGAGCAGGCACAGAUGGUGGCGCUUGCAGCAAUGCGUGCGGUAGCAGCUGGACUUCAGAGAGCCGACAGCCCUAUGUCUGAACACAGCAGUGGAGGAGAUGAUGAGGAGGAGGAUGAAGAGGAAGGGGAGGAGCAAUACAAGGAUAUGAUGGGGUCUGAUGAGGAAGAGCAGAUAAAAAGGAAAUGGGAUGAAGAUGACUUUGAAGGGGAGAUGGAAGAUGACUAUGAUGACGAUCUAGGUGAUGAAGGGCUACCGUCGGGCCGUGAGGCCGUCACCCCAGGCAGAGGCAUCCUCCUCUUACCCCACCGUCAUUUACACCCUCACUCCCAGCUGCUGAAGGCUCGGCCUGGUUCUGAAAGUGAACCGCGGGCAUUGACUCACCCCGCUCAUUCAUCCCACGGGCCGCUUCAUGGACAGGACCACGCAGACUGGACCUAUGAGGAGCAGUUCAGACAGCUCUAUGAACUGGACAGUGACCCAAAGAGGAAGGAGUUCCUGGACGAUCUGUUCAGCUUCAUGCAGAAGAGAGGGACUCCAGUGAACAGGAUUCCCAUCAUGGCCAAGCAGGUGCUGGAUCUCUAUAUGCUGUACCAGCUGGUGACAGAGAAGGGGGGGCUGGUGGAGGUCAUAAAUAAAAAGUUGUGGAGGGAGAUCACGAAGGGCCUGAACUUGCCGACCUCCAUCACCAGCGCUGCCUUCACUCUCAGAACACAAUAUAUGAAGUAUCUGUAUCCUUACGAAUGUGAGAAGAGGUGUCUCAGCAACCCCAAUGAGCUGCAGGCAGCCAUCGACAGUAACCGGCGAGAGGGACGCAGACAGGGCUUCGGGAGCUCGCUCUUCAGCUACUCGCCCAACGGGACAUCUGCCAUGCUCUCUGCACCCAAACUCUCCAUGCCUCCCAUGGGCAUCACCCUGCCCAGCAAUGGAGCCUCUGUCUCAUCCUUACAGAAAAAUAAGAAAGAGGAUGACGGGGUUCAGACCCGUCUGCCUGCGUCUCUGGCCACUCAUUCGGUAGCUGCGGCCCAGGCUGCGGCGGCACAGGCGGCCACCAUCGCUCAGGUCGCUGCGCUGGAGCAGCUGCGGGACAAGCUGGAGUCCGGAGAGCCCCCAGAGAAGAAGAUAGCACUGCCACUGGAGGAACACCAGCGGCUACUGCAGAGAGCCCUUCAACACAACCUGCUGGCCAUGACCGCACAGAUCCCCAUGAACAUCCGCAUCAACAGCCAAGAGAGCAGGCAAGACUCGGCCAUGAGCCUGACCACCAAUGGCCUAAACAGCAUCAGCAUGUCGUUGGAGCUCAACGGAGUCGUCUACACCGGUGUUCUCUUCGCCCAGGCCGCGGCGUCGACCUCAUCAGGGGCAUCCAACAAAUCUUCCUCGGGAAACAGCGGGCCUCAAUCUGUCCAGCACACACCUACCUCAUCCUCAAACAACCAAUCGCCUUAGCACCUCAGACUCUCUCCGUCAGUGCAAAACCAAAGCCAAGCAACCUCACUUACUACAGAAGAUAUGCCAAAAAAAAAACCAGUGCAGGAAUAACUGAAUCGUUCUCAACUUGAAGUACACUAGCUCAGGUCUCUUAUUUACACUCUCCUUUGUUCAGGAGUCAAAAGAAAUCUAAAAUGACGACAGAGUUUAUUAUAAAGAUGAUGAUAUAAUGUAUAUGCAAAACCUGUGAAUAAUUUAUUUCUCUUUCUGUGAGCACACUGUCCGGCGAUUCUGCUUUUUAGGGUUUUAUAAUCUCUUGACUGACAAUAGCUUUUCAUUAAUAAGCGAACCCAUAGCAAUAGUAUUAUUGUUAUAACGUGUGACGCGAACAGCUUGAGGGUAUGAACUAAUCAUAUAUUGUUGUAGAUUUGAUUUUCUCUCUGUAUGUAUCUGCAGUGCCUUGUGAAGGCUGGCACAGUUUGAAUGCGAACAAGAACACAAUAUAAACUGCGUCACCGUCGGAAGUUGACUGUUGUUUGUCGCAAGUGUCCAGCUGUUUGGUUUCCCAUCUCAGAGCUUGAUAUAAGUCGGUUAAGAAUCUUUUUUUAAAGGGAUGGUUCACCCAAAAAUAAAAACUCAUUUACUCAACAUUAAGAUGUUUCAAACCUGUAUGAGAUUUUGAAGAAUGUAACCAAACAGUUUCUGGUCACCAUUGACUUUUAUGACAGUUGUGAAAGUCAAUGGCGACCGACAACAUUCUUCUAAAUAUCUUCUUUUGUGUUAAACAUUCAUACAGGUUUGGAACAACAGAAGUUUAAUUUGGGGGAGAACUGUCCCUUUAAGGAGCUGAUGUAGAUGUGUAUUCUUGCAAGCAUACCCUGUUUUCAUGUUUCUUGUUUAUUUAAUGUUUGCAUCUUCAUGACUCUCCGUGAGCUUCGCAAAGGUCGCUGAGUUAUUGCAGGUGUUGAAUCCGAAUGUACCUGGACCUGCUGCGGCCCACAAACCAUUUUAUUCUCACCCAUAGUUGCUCUAAAGGUUAUGUGGAAAUAGUUCAGAGGCAGUUUUUUCCUAGAGCUUUCUCUUAGAUCAGCAGUUGGGCUGAAAAUCAUUGCAGUUUGAUUCAAAGCAUGACAGUAUCAUAGGUUUAUUUUGAAGGUUUGAACAGUUUCUUGACUAACUGAAGAUCUCUAGCUUGUCACGUCAUCAGGAGUUUAAGCUUAAUAUAAUGCAGUUUUGAGGGGUCCAACGAUGCAGCCUUUGCUGCUUCAUCACGCAGGGCAGUUUCUGCUUCUGUAUCGUGCUCUGUGUCUGUAUUUUGUUUUUGUCAACCGCGCAAACCAGAGGAAAUUACAAUGGGAAGUUUUGAAAGUGUCUUGAGAAAAAUGAAGUUUUCUUUUCUGAAGGGAUUUGAGAUAAUGGAUCAUCAACUGUUCUGGUCAGUAAGAAGUGAUUUUAUAAACAUGUAGCUACAGUUUAUGAAUUAUGCCAAGCUCUUCUAGCAUUACACUGUAUGCGAGGUCAAAUAGCCACUUGGUGGGCAUCUAGGGGUGAACCAUUUUUGACACAAACCAGGUCGUAUAAUAGCUACCGACUUCACUCAUAUGAAGUUGAAUGAUUAUUUGGUGUUUCAUAGGCGAGAGAUGCUCCAGGCUUUCUGGAAAUGGGGUUUCUUGAAACUUAAAGCCUUAUUUUUAAUCCACAACCGCUUGCAGGUACAACUUGAGUAACUUGAAGUUAUAAGCCUUGACCCUUUAUUUGGGGUCAAACCUGUAGCCUUUGCUUUCGCAGCAGAGAUCCUCACGCAUGCUAGGUCGUGCUAGCAACUCUUGAAGCAUCGCAUAUAACACUUACCAGGACCACAGUUGCCGUACAGUCUAGAAAAUGUUACCAUUUCUGUCUGUAUUCUACAAUAUUAUAGUUUUUUUUUUCUGUUUAUAUAAGGACACCUCAUUAUAACACACACUCAGAAGUCAUUACUGCCAGAAUCUCUACCUCAAAAACUCAUUUAUCAGCUAAGAAUCGUUUGCAAGCCUUGCCACUUCUCACAUGGAUCUACCGGCUGUGAGGUAGAACAGCAUAUAUAUAUAUACUUUAUAAUGUAUUAGCCAUGAUAUCCAGCACCUCUUUGCUUGUAACUGUAAAAACGGCACAUUUUUCUUCAAUACAUAUCUUAAAGAGAAUUUGUUCUCUUUUUUUAUCUGCUGUUCUGCAUUUUAGAAUCAAAUCCCUCAACUUUUAAGUGACACAUUCAUAUAGGAGUAGAUCUUUAAUUGUAAUGGCCAUUAUCUAUUGUUGUUGUUUUUUUUGUUCUGGGAAAUAAAACUGUUACCACAAAGAGUAAGACAGAUACACGUAUCACCCAUUUGAAGCUGUUAGUAUCCAUAAUAGGGAUGUCAAGUCGGUUUGAACUCUGAUGUAUGCCUUAGCGUAUGCAGACUUUAAUACUGCAUGCUAACUUUAUUGCAAGGACAACCAAAAUUGCUGUACAAUAAACCUUCUCUAUUAUUCUUUGAUA